AUGUAUUCUCUCUUGCCUCUAGCCGGCUUCUGGGCUUGGAACCAGGGAGAAAAGGCCCUUGACAGACGCCCAGUCCCUGUCUCCGCCGAGCCCAAGUACUCCCCGAACGAGGUCACCGUCCUGACCUGUACCAUCAACACACUCCUGGCCUGCUGGCUCAUUACCUGGCUCGGCAACGACCCGCUCGAAGUCAUCAUCGUCACCAUCGCCGAGCACGAAGAGAAGAUCCGCAGCGUCGUUGCCAAUGCCGAGCUCUCGGAUUCCGAUCUUGCCAAGGUCGUCGUUCUGGUCUCAGACGUCAAGGGCAAGAGAAUGCAGCCCAUUACCGGCCUGGCCCAUGUCAACGGCGACGACCUACCGUCUUAUAGCAUACCUUACAUCCUGAUCACUGGUCAUCCGUCCGCGUCAUUGCGAUUGGUGUGUAAGAUGUACCUUAUCUCGAGGUUGAAGAACAGGUCGAGCAGCAUGGAGCGGGAGACCCUGACAAAUCGUUGA